ACAUUUAGGAUUAAUUUGUGGCAUUGGUUGUGUGUCCUGUACUCCUGUUUGGCAGUGAAAAAUAUACAUGCAAUUAUACUGAGUUGAUAGUAUUAGACGCUAAACAGGAUGACAAUCUGUCGAGCACAAAUUAGUAAAGUUUGCAAUCUUAUUCCCCGCAUCGGGAUAAAGAAAGUGUUUCUCUUGGCGUUGGCGAUUCUGAUAUUGACCAAGUUGUACGUCUAUGGAAGGGAGUGGAUGAGAACGGCAGAGCGGAAAAAGUUACAGAUUCCUCCUGACAGGCUGAAUUAUUUCAUGGAUAAUAAAGAUUUCACAAAUUUAGAGUACGUCAUUAAUACGGGAAAAUGCAAAAUAAUGAAAUUCAGUCCGUGGGACUCUGUCAUUCAGCAAUUUCUCAAUAAAAACAUGAAACCCAUCGAUUGCUCCAAAAAUAAUAAUAGUAACUCGACUGGUUGGGCUUAUCAGGAUGGGACGAAAAUCGUCCUAAAUGAGACCGCAGUGACAAAUGCAGGGCAUUCUCUCUCAUCUUUGAACUGUUGUUACAGGGGAAUUGUACGUCAGAAACAAUUAAGCUAUAUGUUUGGCUCACGAAAUGCAGAUAGACAAGUGGAGUACACGUCACCAUGCGUCAAAAUGGACCUAGUGACCACCCCAGAGUAUGAAUUUGUCCGAGUGACUUGCAGUUCACCUUGGUUAGUUUACUGGGAGCAGGUUGUGUACAGUGAUUCGUUCUUCAUUCCAAUGUUGGAGACCAAAAUUCCUGAAAAAACGAGAGAGUUUUGGCUGCAUAAAAGAGACGAGAUGCCCCCAAGCGUCGUCUUGAUCGGACUUGAUGCCCUCUCGAGAAUGAACUAUUAUCGAUUUCUUCCUCAAACAAAAGAAUUCAUGGAUAGUCAUGGGGCAGUGGAAUUGAUGGGUUACACAAAAGUUGGCGAAAAUACUUUCCCAAACGCUGUCGCCUUUUUAUCCGGAUUGGACCUUUCUGAUCCCGACGUCCCUUACGAAUGUAUUCGAAAUCCAUACAAAGUUCCACACGACGACUGCCCCUACAUUUGGAAACGAUUUCAAGCUGCGAACUAUGUGACCGCUCUGGUUGAGGACUACCCCGGAUUAAUGAUUUUUAAUCACAUGAAGUUGGGAUUUGUGAACCAACCCACGGAUUUUUAUUUUAGACCAUUCCUUCUCAGCGUUGAUCAGCCGGACGUGUCCUGUGUUGGCCGCUUCACCACGGAAGAAACUCUCCUGUCCUACAUACGUGGCGUUAUGUCGCACUCGUCCAACGUUCCAGUCUUCCUCCACAGUUGGUUCACCACCAUAGGUCACGACGAUAGUAAUAAAGUUCAACUGAUGGACCAAACCCUGGCGAAUUUCCUCUCCUCUGUCAACCUCUCAAACACCAUCCUUGUCAUACUAAGCGAUCAUGGUAAUCGGUACAAUGCAAUGCGAAAAACGCUUCCUGGCUGGUAUGAGGAUAAACUUCCCAUUGUCUCCAUCUACCUCCCACCCGGAGCGAAGGCAAAGUUUCCAGAGUGGGAGGACACCCUUAAAACUAAUGCUCAACGCCUCUCCUCACCUUACGACUUGUACCAAACUCUGGGCCACAUUAUCACCUCUUACACCACGGAAGACCAAUCUUUGCCUCUAUUUUCUAAAGGUCAAUCUCUCCUGACACCAAUCUCUCCGAAUCGGACGUGCAGCGAUGCCCGGAUUACAGUAAAUUUUUGCGCUUGUAUCCCACCGAAAAAGGUCGAUACUUCCGACCCCAGUAUUCACCUUGCUGCUGAAGAGGCAGUGAAAUAUCUCAACAGCGUGUUACCCAGUCAGUGUGCCAGAGCAGAAUUGGACACAGUUAUUGCGGGGGCAGUGAUGCUAGAAGAUAGUGAUAACGUCAAAGAUAAGGCUAAUGGAACUUUUAUUAUUACAUUUUUUACAAAUCCGGGCCAGUUUUUGUUUGAGGCGACGGUAGAUUUUACAAAAACAAUGACAGGACCGAAGGAUCAUUAUUCCUUCGCCGUCACCCCAGAUCUCUUGAGAAUGAACAAAAUUGUGAGGUCGGCUGAUUGCGUGGACACCUCUGUUCUAGAACGGUACUGUUAUUGCAAAUGAUUUGUAUGCAAUUUUUAAACAUGGAUAUUAUUGUCAUUACAUUAAAAUUGUAUUGUAAGUAAGCUAGUCAUUCCAUGUGAGAGAGAAAAGUUUAUAUAUAUUUUUGAUUAAUAAAGCGUUUUUCUUAUAA